GGCAGGGGGUUGGAACUGCGUGAUCCUUGAGGUCCCUUCCAACCCGGGUGAUUCUGUGAUUCUGUGAAAUGAGGCUGCUGGUGAUCCUCCUGCCCUGCUCAUGGCACAUCUGCAAGGACUGCGGGUAGGAGAAGAGCUUUGGGAUGGCGGCUCUGGCGAUGAACGUGGGCAGAGCUCCCUCCUGCUGUUCAUUUGCAGCCUGCAGUGCUUUGCAGAGCCUGUCCUGUCCCAUUGCCUUACAGGUGACCCUUUGCCAGAGGGCUGGGUUGCCUGCCAUAACAUCAGCGUAAAGCCACGGGGUGUUGGAGCAGGGCAUGCUGAGUGUGCUGGGUUUGCCCAGGAGGGCAAGCAGCUGAGAGUGUGCACUCAUCCGGGUCAGUGGGAGAGGUGCUGAACCAGAUCAGACCCCGUGCAACCUCUGGAAGGAGAGGGGUGUGCUGGGUUUGUGCUGGAGCUGGGCGUUCUGUCUGGCUUUGCUUCCAGUGCUGUGCAACAGGAAGCCUUGGGUGAUGAUGCUUGGUGGGUUCUUCUCUUUGUGUUUGUUGUCUGAGGGUUUUAAUGGGUAAAAUAGGAGUUAAGCUCAAUGCUGUUUCUUCCCUAAGCAACAGAAUAAUUAAUGUAAUGUUCUCCAUGUUUCUGCUUCACGUUUUCCUAAUAAUAUAGCUGCAAGUGACAGAUGGGCAUCUCGCCUCCGAGCGCUUCGCUGUUGGGAAUAUGCUGUUGCUUUGCUGGAAUGCAUCCUGUAUCUGUGCUUCCUCUGGCUUCUGACCAGCGCUCCUGUUCAUGCUGCUUCAAGGUGCUCCAAAAAGUCAUUUGUUGGCUUUGGAGGUUCCCUUGCUGAAGGACAGCCUGGCUGUGAAUCACCACAGCCCUCAAGUUGGCUGAGAUGGGAGCGAAUCUUUAAUUUUCAGGAUUACAUUCCUUAGCAUUCCCUCAUCUGUAAACAGGAAAAUAUUUAGCAUAUGCGGUAAGUAAUUAGGGCGAAUGGUGAGGAGGCAUUGAAGGUAUGUUUUUUCAGUGCUCCCAUUGCAAGUCCCGCGUCUUCCAUUGGGAAACAAGGCUAGGGGGUGCCUUGACCUCACAUCCUUCUCUUAGAGCUGUUACAGAGCUCCCUGGGACAGGUGAGUGCUCCUUUUGUUCCUCUGAGGAUUCCAGCCGGGCUUCUCCUUCUCCAGCAUGACAUGGCUGCGCUCAGUGCAGCUCGGCUCCUGGGCUGCAUGGGACCACGUUGGCUGUGGGCUGCUGACAUCCCUAGCAGGGAGCACGUGGCAUCAGGGUGCUGCCUGGUGUGCCAGCCCCAUCGCCACCUCACUGAUCCACUGGUGGGGACGAGGGGACGGGAACACUGCGACAUGGGAGUUUCCCAUUUGGAAAAGUCUCAGGAAGCACGGAGGAAAUCACAUGGCUUGGGAGCACUUACCUCACUGCUCCGUCUCAUCCAACGCAGCAGCUUUCAUCAAAGCAUGCAGGACCCGAACAAUGCAGUGCCAGCUGGCUUAUAAAUAAACGUGCUUCCGUUUCCACACCAGGAUGGCUUUCAUACCACAUGAGGGGAAAGGAAGAGCGUCACGUUGUUGGCUUGUGACCUUUGAGCCCCAACCACCGGGCUGCAACGGGUGACUCCAACUCCUCCGCAUCUCCUUCUGAGCACAGUCCAGAAAUGGGCACCUCCGUGGGCAGCCUCGUCUUGUUUUCACACCCGUUUCUCAUUCUGCCAACCCGCUGAGCUUGGCUGCUGAACAGAUUGCCAUGGAGGGCAUCCACAGCUGGCUGUCCCCUCUUCUCCUCCCUUCAGCCCCGGCACGAUGCUCCUGUGGGCAUUGGGAAUCCCCAUUGGGAUUCAAGUGGGAGCAUUUUUGGGCUUCCUGCAGUGACUGCCGAUGGGCUGGGAAGGAAAACGCCCAGUAUUGCUGGGCUCACAGCACCGGCUCCAUCCGCAGGGUUGGGUAAUGCAAAAGUCCUUAAUGUGCCCAUGGCUGAAUCAUGGGAUGUCAGUGCCUGAGUCACUGGAGAUGAAUGCGGUGUUUCACGUCGGUGCGAACUGAAAUGUGAACAACAGUGUCUCUAAUAGAGCAGCUAAUAAUACUUGUGCUCAUUACGGGUUUCAUUCGAUUUUUAAAGUGAAACAAUCAGGAAGAGGUUCCUCCUGCAUUGUGCGUGGGCAGGUUGGAAGUGCUGCAGUGCUGGGUCUUACUGGGAUGCUGCUCUGGGUGCAGAGGAAGGGAAACUUGAGAGGGGAGCACCUGUGUGAUGCACCCUUGCACCACGCGUGGCUCUUUCCCCUGGAUGUGCUUGGCUGGGGGCUGAGCUGUGCAGCCCCGGCUGUGGGCAGUCACAGAUUUGCCCCGUGCCCUAUGGGGAGCAGUGGGCUGCUCCCAUGCUGUGCUGAGGCAGGUGUCUGCAUUAACAGCUGAUGUUGCUUUUGGGUCGAAUUUCUGCUGUUCCGUUGCUCUGCUGUCCUCCUCCCCGUGUUCCUCCCCCUGAAAGAAGAGUUGCAGCUGCUAUUCUUCAAGUGUCUGAAGCCCAAACCAAAGCUGCAGAUCUGCAGAUCUUUGCUCUUCGAGCAGCACAGCUCUGCAAGCAUCAGCGAGCAACAACAUUGGUGAAGCCUCACUGAUGGCUCAUGAGACCUCAUCAGUGGUGCAGGGACGUGGCAGUGGUUUGCUGCCCGCUUCUGUGCGCUCACAGCCCUGAGAGUCACUGAAGCACUGAAUCUCUGUGGCUGUGCCAGCUUGUGGGCUGCCCCACUGCAAACGGAAACCUUCCAUUGAAACCUAAGGGUGCUUUACUGGUGUAGAAGAAAGGGUUGGGUGUUGAUAUGCUGCUGUGCUUUAGCAAGCUGUGCGCUCUUUGGUCGCUACGAAUGCAGCGUCAACUGCACUGAGGCUCUCUGGAAGUUGGGCAGCUGCAGAGCGAGUGUGCUGCUCUGCAGCAGGGAGGUUCUGCCCAUCUCCUCCCAGGGUGUGCAGCUGAUGCGCAGUUUGGAGAAGGCAUCCAGCCUCUGAUCUCUGAGCUUUAUGGGCCUUCGCCGGCUGGCUGUGGAUUUAAAUGGCCUUAAAAUGGCUUUUUUCCUUUGUGUCAAAACAGAGAGCCUGCGAGUCCGUCUGUCCUCAUCAGGCUGCCAGGAUGGGGCAGGAAGACGGGCUGCUAUCUGAGCACAGAGAUGGGGCCGGAGGUGGGUGGGUGAGAAGAGCAGCCGUGCUGGGAAGCUGAUGGAGGCGGUGGAAUUUGCUGGUCCGCCCACCUCUGUGCGCUGAUCCUUCGCUCCUCCACCUGCUGCUGCUGCCCUGCUGCUGACGGAGAUGUGGGGCACUCUGUCCUCCCUUGUGGUUGCAGCUGUGCUUCAGCAGGGAGUGCAGCAGGCCGUGUGCUGGCACGUGACAAGGCAGCAGAGGGGCUGAAGGCGCCGGUGUUUCCCAGGUGUGUUUGUCCCUCAGGUGGGGAUCUCAGAUGUCACAGCUGUCCCUUCUUCCUUUUGGGACCAGCUCCCACCCCACACGUGGGUCAGGUGCUCCUUUGGGUUCCUCUGCUUGCUCCCAGCUGUAAGUCACCAGGAUCCUAAUGAAUUCUGAUGGCAAACCAACGAGAAUCCAAGUGGAUGUGCUUGAACUCUGCUGCGACGCAAAGGGUCGGGGGAUGCUUGCAGCUGGAGCUGUCGAGACGGGACACGAAUUAAAAAGAAACUCUCCUAUUUUCCUUUUUAAAGAGCAGUUCUCCUUGGCGAGAUGGAAACGAGAAAGUGCCCUCCCUGCUCCUGCCUUCCUCCCUUUAGCUUUAGCAGAGAGAGAACUGACACUAAACCGCGUUUUAUUGCACGUCUGCCUCGAUGCGCGUCAGCACCGGCGCUCCUUUUGAGAUCCCCUUUCAUCUCAGAGCAGCGCAAGCUCUCCGUUGCUCAGCGUGCCAAGCUUUCUCACUCAGGAUGGUGCAGUUUGGGUUCGGGUUUGUGCCGUAGCGAAGCCCCAGCUCUCCUCGCUCCCGGUGAGGAAGGAGCGAGGGGUGUUGAUGCUUUGGGUUGUGCAGCUCAGUGGCUGGAGCGUGGCUGUCUCCUCCCCUUCCUGAGCUUCAGCCCCAGCCAGCACAGCUCUGGAAUGACAGGCAUUCCUGCGCCAGGGGAGCUGGCAUGGGCGCCUAUUUAUGAGAAUCAAGUGCCUGGGGAACAGGGAGCGGGACCCGCGUGGCCCACGGGCCGCCCCGCGGCUGCUUCUCCUCAGGCAGCUCCGCUCAGGCCGUGUUGGACCCCUCGGGUGUGGGGUGACCCUUUUGCAGGACCCCGGUGCUCUCCCGGGGUUUGGAUUCCUUCCUUUCUCCUCCCGCCGCCUCCCGGAGAGCGGCUUGGGAAGGGAUCUCAUGGGGCAGCCGCGCUUCUCCAGACCGGUCCAUCCAGCUGCUGCGGCUGAAGAGGUGGAUCACCCCCCCAGUGAUGCGGGUAUGGGGGUCGACGUGCUGGAAUCGGGCGACACCACACCUCCUACCAAGAGGAAAAGCAAGUUCUCAGGCUUCGGCAAGAUCUUCAAACCUUGGAAGUGGAGGAAAAAGAAAAGCAGCGAUAAAUUUAAAGAGACUUCAGAAGUUUUAGAACGAAAGAUUUCAAUGCGAAAGCCAAGAGAGGAGCUGGUAAAAAGAGGGGUUCUGUUGGAAGACCCUGAGCAGGAUGGUGACGAACCAGACAAGGUGAAUCCGUCUGCACUGAAGAAUGGCCACACAGUGCCCAUCGGAGGUCCUGGGGUCGGUAACCUGCACAGCCAGGAAGAGGAGGCCACGAGGUCCUCCAGCCUUAGGAAGUCAGUUCUGGUCGAGGAACCGAAGAAAAGACAUGGUUCAUCCAGCAGCCAUCCCGGUUCCGAAUCAGAGCCGCCUCAGGAGCCACAGCCCCGCCAGCCUCUGCUUCCUCCCAAAAGACCUCCCUCCACUUCCCAGGAGGCAAAUGAGCUGCAAGGAAAGGAUCCCCCACCCGCCAGCAGCGCUGCAAAAACUGACCCCUCCACCACAGCCCCCGCUGUGGCAAAGACAGUCGUUUCCACAGCUGCCUCCUCCCCAGCCCCCAGGACUCUGCCCCCCGUUCUCACCAGUGCCAGCACUACUGCUCCUACGAGUUCCACCAGCACAGCCCCUGCCAAACAGCCUCCCGUCCCCCCACCCAAACCCACCAACAGGAACAGCAGCUCCGUCAUAGCGGAACUUUCCCAAGCAAUAAACAGUGGCACAGGCUUGUCCAAGCCUUCCCCUCCUCUCCCACCGAAGAGAGGCCUCCUGCCUACCAACCCACCGGAGGCAGCCCUCCCCUCCAAGCCCCCAGGUGACUGGACAGUGUCAACAAGCCGUCCCGCACUGCUCCCGCUGCACGCGGCGCCCGCCUACCCACCGCCCUCGCCAUCCCCACCGCUGCCCACACACAUCCCUCCGGAGCCUCCACGCAUGCCCUUGCCCAACUCCACCCCUAUCUUGGACGCCCCGCGCUCCCUGGACCUGCCCAGGGACACCCCCCCUCCUCCCAAGGACUUCAGGGCCCUGGAGGCGUCGAAGCGGACGGCAGAGCAAGGCUUUGCUGAACCUCCCGGGCUGCCCCGUCUGCCCCAGAUCCCUCUGCACAUCCGGAUCCAGCAGGCCUUGGCCAGUCCCCUGCCCGUCACCCCCCCUGCCGAGGGCUCGCACAGAGCUCACUCCCUGCUCUUUGAGAACGACGGCCUCGGGGAGGACAACGGCACGAUGGGCAGGACGAGGUCCCUGCCGGUCACCAUCGAGAUGCUGAAAGUUCCAGACGAUGAGGAAGAGGAAGAGGAGGACCAGGAGGAGGAGCAGAAUUCAGGCCCACGUGUGUACAUCGGGGAGGCGCCGUCCAUCACCGUCAUCCCAAUGCUGGUGCCUCAGGUCCUGCCGGAGGAGCAGGAGGGAGAGGAAGGGAUGAGCGACUCUGACUCGGAGGGGCCCAUCCUGUACAAAGACGAGGAGGAGGAUGAGGAAGAAGAUGAAAGCCAUAACAGCACGCUGGCUAACAAAGUGAAGAGGAAAGACACGCUGGCUAUAAAGCUGGGGAACGCCACCACGGUGCAGGAAGAAAAGAUUGUCUUCCCUCGGAAAAGCAAAGAGGAGUGGAAUGAAAUUCGGCAGCAGAUCGGGACGACGCUGAUCAGGCGACUGAGUCAGAGGCCCACAGCAGAAGAACUGGAGCAGAGGAACAUUCUUCAGCCGAAAAAUGAAGCUGACCGUCAGGCUGAGAAGCGAGAGAUCAAACGCAGGCUCACCAGAAAGCUUAGCCAAAGGCCUACAGUGGCAGAGCUGCAGGCCAGGAAGAUCCUGAGGUUUAACGAGUAUGUGGAAGUAACAGAUGCUCAGGACUACGACCGGAGAGCAGAUAAGCCAUGGACAAAGCUGACGCCUGCUGACAAGGCUGCCAUCCGGAAGGAGCUAAAUGAGUUUAAGAGCUGUGAAAUGGAAGUCCACGAGGAGAGCAAGCAGUUCACACGGUACCACCGACCUUAACCUUCCAAGGGGGAACAAGAGAGCCAAGAGGACUGGAAGUUCUCUGCAUCCCUCUCCUGGGCAAUACAGCGAGGGCAGAACCUCGACCCUUCCAAGAUUUGCCUUCCAAACGAAUCCAGAAAAGGGCUUUCAGCCAGGGAAGGGGGAUCCUGUCUGAAUGUAGCAUUUCACUGGAACAAACACGUCUCGAGUGCCAUCAGGCUGGAACUGAACACUAUACCUCGUGCAGCUCAGCAAUACGCCUCUCUUCUGGCUCCAGCAUCCCUGCCAGACCGUGCACACAUGAGCAAACGGUUCCUUCCCCAGCUGCCUUGCUGCGGUGCCAGGCCCAGCUCUCGGCUGCACGUCCUCCUUUUAGGAGCAGCCCCUUUGUGUCCUCCUCCUUAGCAAGAGGAGGAAAAAACAGCUCUGGUGCUGGAGAGCUGAGGAAUGGAGAUGUGCUAGGAGACACGUGUGUGUGUUUGCUGUGUGCAGACGCUGUCCUGGCAGACGACUGACAUCAGACUCGUUGUUUUUUGGCUUUGCUUACGUCUGUCGUUACCUUUCAUGUUCUGAAUCACUACUGACCAACCGUUUGUUGUCCUGGAAGGGAAUUGUAUAGAUAUUAACAUAUGCUGCGUCUUUUUUUUUUUUUUUUUUUUUUUUUGGUAAAAAACACAAAAAAUCUACAAAAAAACAAAAACAAAAACCCAAGCAAAAUGAAAACACAAAGAUACAAAACAUUCCCUCCCCACUCUCUCACACUCGCUGUGAUGCUAAUGGAAUCGUAUUGAGAUCACUGUGCUCAUUUAACAAGUGACAGAACCGGGAAAUGACUGUUGCCUUUUACAAACUCUUUAAUUUGAGGAAGCUGUGAUCGCAGCCAGUGCUUUUUAUUGCUGCUUCCUUUCCCAAAUCAGGGUUGAACUUGCCUUGUCUCAUUUUUACAGCAAAACCUACUGGAAACUUGAUAUCACUGUGCAGGCAGGAGGUUUGAAAAGUGACCUUAAAAAUAGUUAUCGUGCACAACACAAAGGUGAUGGCACUGACGUGAAGGGAGGAUCACAGCACUGCAGGGCUGUGGGGAGGGGAAGGCCUGGCCUGGCUCAGCCCCUGCUGAGCCCUCACAGCUUCCCCACGUACAGCACGGCUGUAGCCUACAAUCAUUUGCGUUGUAUAUCUGUCUCCUCAACAGAUUUUAAUUAUUGAAUAAAAGUAUUUUAGGAUUUUUUUUUUAUUAUUUUUAUUUUUUUUAAACUGCUGCAGCGGUCGCGUUUACGGAUGACCUUUGUGCACGUGCGUGUCUCGGGCUGCCUCACGAACGCUACCGCCCCUCACGGAGGAUCCCGCAGUUCCCGCCUUCAUACUGCGCAUGCGCGCCUGCCGCUCCCGCCUUCCCACUGCGCACGCGCAAUCCGCCCGUUCCGUUCCGCCGUGCCGCUUUGCACACGGCCCGCUGCGUUCUACUCAUUGCGCCUGCGCGAUCAGGCUCCGCCCCCACUGGUUCUAUAAAUACCGGCGCAGAACAGUAUUCGCCCUCUUUUCACGGCGAGCGGCGGAGUGAGCAGGCCUGUCGCGCUGCCUCGCGGCCUUGCCCCACCCGCUGCCGCUACGCUGAAGGUUUGUAGUUGAAUGUCAGCAGCUGUGUCUGCAGUGACGGUGAGUAUGUACUGAGCACAGCGGUGUGAGUGGUGGCAAAAAGAUGAAUGUGUCUGAGGUGUGCGAUCCAACCUGGGCUGUGGAGUUUGGAGCAGUGUGGAAGGGGCUGUUGGGGGGUAUCAGACCACAUGCUUCACGCUGCUCCUCGCCCCCACCUCAAGCAGUGCUGAUCCAGAGGUGCCCCUUGUUGCACCUGGGGUUUGUGUGGUCCAACACAGCGGGGUCUGAGCCCGUGUGAGCGAGCUGUGUGUGAGCAGAGCGUGCAGGAGCUGCUGGGCUCGGUGGGUGCCUCGUUACACCGGCUGGGAGAAACAGAUCUUUGAGCAGCACCGUGUGCUCCUCCACCCAACAAGGAGGCUGAGAAGCAGAGGCAGCUGCUGAGGAAGAACCGGUGCUGGGGAGGAGGGCUGCAGUGGGAAUGCUGUGCAAGAUGGGCGCAGCAGGUGCUGCGUGUCCGUUUGGGGAGGUCUGAAUUUGCUCUGUGAGCGUUGUGAGAUGUAUCUGCAUCAGUGCCUGACAAAUAAACGACUUCUGAAACGCC